CCCUCUGCUUGUCCACACACGCAUUUGCCUUGACGCCGAGUGUGUCUAGAAAAAGGCGGCGGCAGUGGAUGUAGUGGAGAUAAAGUCAAUGUUUCUUCUGCCCCGUGCCGAUCCGCUUUGCCCCGGAGACAUAACAGAUCGUGCCUCAAGGACCCCUUGCCGCUGGUCCCCCUCCUUCGGUCAGGAUGUCAUGGCGUCCUCAGUACCGCAGCUCCAAGUUCCGGCACGUGUACGGCAAGGCGGCCGCCAAGGAGAGCUGCUACGACGGCGUGCCCAUCACGCGCAGCGUCCAGGACAACAACUUCUGUGCUGUCAACCCUCGCUUCGUUGCCGUCAUCACAGAGUGUGCGGGGGGCGGAGCCUUCCUGGUCCUCUCUGUUCAUCAUACGGGUAAAGUGGACCCUCACCACCCACGAGUGUCGGGCCACAGGGGCAACGUGUUGGACGUCAAAUGGAAUCCCUUCGACGACUACUGCAUCGCCUCAAGCUCCGAGGAUGCCACGGUGAAGGUGUGGGAGAUCCCCCCUCACGGUCUGCUCAAGAACAUGACUGUGGCCUUCAAGGAGCUACAGGGCCACAGCCGCCGGGUGGGCCUCAUCGAGUGGCACCCCACCGCCAACAACAUCCUCUUCAGCACGGCAUACGACUACAAGGUGAUGAUCUGGAACCUGGACUAUCCGGACCAGGUGAUCAAGAAUCCUGUGCGGACCAUCAGCCACCACACAGAUGUGGUGCUGUCCAUGUCCUUCAACACGGACGCCAGUCUCAUGGCCACCACGUGCAAGGACAGGAAAGUGCGGCUCAUAGAGCCACGCUCAGGGACUCUGCUGCAGGAAGCCAACUGUAAGACGCACAAGGCCAGCAAGGUGCUGAUCCUGGACAACGUGAACAAGCUGCUCACAUCAGGCACGUCCAGAUGGAAUGACAGACAGAUUGCACUCUGGGAUCUGGACGACCUCUCAGUGCCUUUGUUAGAGGAAAACCUGGAUGGUUCGUCGGGGUUCCUCUUUCCGUUCUACGACCCCGACACGCACAUGCUUUACCUGGCUGGGAAGGGGGACGGGAACAUCAGGUACUAUGAGAUCACCUCGGAAAAGCCGUACAUCCACUACCUGACGGAGUACCGCUCCAGUUUACCUCAGAAAGGGAUGGGUGUGAUGCCAAAGAGAGGUCUGGACGUGAGUUCAUGCGAAGUGUUUCGGUUCUACAAACUGGUGACCAUCAAGACUCUGAUUGAGCCUCUGUCCAUGAUCGUACCUCGCAGGUCGGAGUCGUACCAGGAGGACAUCUAUCCGAUGACGGCGGGCAACAAGGCUGCCUUGACUGCGGACGAGUGGCUCAGCGGCAUCGACAGAGGCCCGGUGCUGAUGUCGCUGAAGCCCGGCCAUCCGGUGGGCCAAUCGGACGGCGAGUCCCUCAAGGGUCCGGGCCGGCCUCGCAGUCGGGCGUACAUCAGGGAGCGGCCGAUGGCCAAAGACUGCGGCGGCGGCAAGACAGACAACAACGGCGUGGCCGAGGACGGCAGGACGGCGGUUAGCAACGGACAAGACUUCCUGCUCUGCUCGCCGCCCAAGACUGAAAAUGAGCUUCGCGUGAAGUUCCACAAGCAGCAGGACGAGAUCCGGCGGCUGGUGGAGAAGCUCCACCAGAGGGACGUGCACAUCAAGCAGCUGGAGCUGGAGAUCAACAACAUGAAAAACUCUCAGCAGAACUCACUUUAACACUUUUAGCGGCAUCUUUUUUUUUUCCAAAUACAACCACACUCUUCCUGUAGCCGACUCACACACACACACACACACGAGGUGCACAUAUUGUUGAUGUAAAUACACUCAGUGAUUCUUACCCAUACGCUUUUAAGAACUUUGCACACAUUUAUUUUGUAUCGCAGCUAUGCAACUUUUUAAGCUUUUUUUUUUGUUUGUUUUUGUAAUGAUUUUUAUGAGCGGAAAGGCAGGAAAAAAAAUGAUGGAAUGCUUUCUGCUUUAAAAAAAAAAAUAAAUAAAUAAAAUGCGUGAUUGUACCCAAAAACA